UUGUCCCGCUCCAGCCCCUGACUAUCCGAACUUGCCUUAAAAAACUCCGUUUUUGUCCCGCUCCAGCCCCUGACUAUCCGAACUCGCCUCGCGGUAUCCAAUGCUCUUUAUUUUUUGUUUGUAAACAAAUCAAUUUUAAAACGAAAAUAAAAAUGCACACAUGCUAAGAGAAAUUAAUACAUUUGCCAGUAGAUUUCGAAGGAUAUUCGGUACAAUGGCAACCGCCAGAAGCCGUUUUUUCCCCAAUCCUAAACCUGAUUAUAAGGGUGCUGGUCAUCCAAUAAUACCAGCACAAAAUAUUUUGGAAAAUUUAGGUGAUAUGCUUUUAAGAAUAGAAAAUGGCUUAAAACCUGUUGAAAAGAAUGCAGGUGAUGGCUUAUAUCUUGGUACUGCUGGUGUUGCUUACAUGUACUAUCACUUAAGCAAAGUUCAAACUCUUCAAAGUUACUCUAGCCAAUAUUUGAAGAAAGCAAUGCAAUACUUGCUGCCUGCAAUAAUAGUGGCUUCCUCUAAAUCGAACAAAACAGAAGACCUUCCUUCAUUUAUUCUUGGCAAUUGCGGCAUAUACGCAGUAUGUGCAUGUAUUUACAAAAGUCUUGGAGAAGAAUCUCAAAGCGCUAGAUAUAGACAAAUUUACUAUGAUUGUGCUAAGAUUGUAAAACAGCCUAAAUUUCUAAAUUGUGGUUCCGACGAAUUGUUUGUAGGAAGAGCAGGUUAUUUAUUGGGAGCUCUUUGGUUAGCUAAAGAAACUAAUACUCCUAUACAAAUGAAUGACAUGUAUGAAAUAUGCGAUGUUAUAGUACAAUCAGGUCGUAGUUAUGCAACAUCACACAGAUCUAAAUGCCCACUUAUGUAUGCAUACUAUCAAGUCGAAUAUUUGGGUGCAGCUCAUGGAUUGAGUUCUAUUUUGCAGGUGUUAAUCACUGUACCUGGAUAUUUAGAUUCCCACCCACAAGCAGCGAAAUAUAUUAAAGAAAGUAUAGACUAUAUGCUCAGUUUACAAGAUGAACAUGGCAACUUUCCUUCUGCAACUGACGAAAUAGGCUACCAAUCAGAGCUGGUACACUGGUGCCACGGUGCUGGUGGAAUAGUCUACCUAAUGGCUAAAGCCUAUUUGGUCUACAACGAAGAAAAAUAUUUAAUAUCUUGUAUAAGAAUGUCUGAUCUCAUUUGGAGCAAAGGUUUGCUGAAAAAGGGACCUGGACUGUGUCAUGGGAUAGCUGGAAAUGGAUACGUAUUUUUAUUACUAUUUAGGAUGACGAAGGACCCGAAACAUUUGUAUAGAGCGUUGGAAUUUUACAAUUUCAUGAACACCGGCGAAUUUCAAAGCGGUGCUAGAACGCCAGAUUAUCCUUACAGUUUGUUCGAGGGAUUGGCAGGAACUGCUUGUUUCUUAGCGGAUUUGACGGAUCCUAAUCAAGCCAAAUUUCCCUUUUCAGACGUUUUAUCUGUACAUUAAUAAUUGAUAUAUUAAAGUAUAU